UUGGCGAUUGAUUAAAUUGUAAAUAAAAAAUUAUUGUUUAGAGAAAUUUACAUGAAUCAAGAGGAAGAAAUAGUGGGAAGAGAUAAAAUAUAAAAGUUUUAAAUAAAUAGUUCUGAUAUGUCAUCAUUACGCAUGAAUACUUAACAUAUGUUAUGUUACUUAAUUUAUUGUAAUCAAUCUAUCAAGAUGAUGAUGAUGAUGAUAAUGAUGGAUACCAUCAGUGCAGUGAGAUUUAAAAAGCUGGAUAUUGAAUCAGUGUCAAGUCCGCCAGUUAAUCCGGACCCAGAGUGUAUGACAGAUAAGAGCGCGCGGGAGCUAUGCUUUACCUUCCAAUCGCUUUCAAAUGACUUUUACUGUGUCAUUUCAUCGGGCAAGCCUCGUGUAUUACUACUGAACUUGCUGUUUAUCCUUGUGUUCAUGCGAUUGAACAAUAAACUAAUCGAUUAUUUUAAAAACUAACAGUGAAAAGAAAUAAAAAUCACAGUAAGAAGUAAUAACAGAAUUGAUUCAAGUGUUACAGUGAAAGUUAAAAAAUAAACCAGCUGUUAUAUUAACAAUUCGAGUUGACGUAUGUUGGGAUAUAACAUAUUAUAAGACUAUGGAUAUUAAAGAAGGGAAUGAUAAUUUGAAAGAACACCAUGACUACGGAAGUGUGCGGAAACAAUGGUCUGAAGAAGAAGAAAUGGACGAAGCUGUCGGUUGGAAAUUUUGGAAAAAACGACGUUAUGUUGUUGGAGUGCUGGCAUUUUUUGGAUUUUUUACUUCGUAUAUACUACGAGUUAAUUUAAGUGUUGCGAUUGUCGCGAUGACAACAAGUUCCUCUGGGAAUAAAGCAGAGUUUGAUUGGGAUUCAAAGCUCCAGGGGCUUGUUCUCAGUUCAUUUUUUUACGGAUACAUAAGCACGCAGUUACUUGGCGGAUGGCUCAGUGCGCGUAUUGGCGGCAAAAGAGUAUUUGGAAUUGGAAUCGCUGUAACCGCGCUUUUAACAUUGAUCACGCCGCCUUUGACGCGACAUAGUGUUUAUGUUCUUAUUGCUUUGCGGAUAAUCGAAGGGAUAUUUGAGGGUGUAACGUAUCCAUGUAUUCAUUCUAUAUGGGCAAACUGGGCUCCACCUUUAGAGAGGUCUAAACUCGCGACCCUCGCAUUCUCGGGCAGUUUUGUUGGCACAGUUUUUGCAAUGCCCGCAUGUGGAAUUAUGGCUGAACGUCUUGGCUGGCCAUCAGUAUUCUAUAUUUUUGGUGCCAUCGGUUUGGUGUGGUUUGCUUUCUGGUGGCAUAUUGUCACAGAUAAACCAGAAGAUGAUCCGAAAAUAUCACAAUCUGAACUUGAUUACAUUAAAAGAUCACUCGGUAACAGUAAUCAACAAAAGACAAUUUCGCAUCCUUGGAAAUCAAUACUGACUUCACCAGCAGUUUGGGCAAUUGUAGCAGCCCACUUCAGCGAAAACUGGGGCUUCUACACGAUGCUUACACAACUGCCGACAUUUAUGAGCGAUGUGCUGAACUUUAAGCUCGAAAAAACUGGAUUUUUCUCAGCCGUUCCUUAUCUAGUAAUGUCUAUUGUAUUACAAUGCUCUGGACAUCUAGCUGACUAUUUGCGAUCGAAAAAUAUUCUCAGUACUACUCAUGUUCGUAAAAUAUUUACGUGUGGUGCUUUUUUGAGUCAGACUAUAUUUAUGAUUCUUGCCGGAUUUACAACGACGUCGACAAGUGCUGUUACUUGUCUCGCUGUUGCUGUUGGUCUUGGUGGUUUUGCUUGGUCAGGAUUUAGCGUAAAUCAUUUGGAUAUUGCCCCACAACAUGCGAGUGUUUUAAUGGGAAUAGGAAAUACAAUCGCAACUCUUCCUGGUAUCGUUAGUCCUUUGAUUACCGGUUACAUCGUUCAAAAUAAGACUGCCGCUGAAUGGAGAGUCGUAUUGAUAAUAGCAGGAACAAUUUAUCUAAUCGGUGCUAUAAUUUAUGGCCUUUUUGCCUCAGGUGAACGACAACAUUGGGCCCGUGAGAAAAAGAAUGAUGAUUUGAAAGCAUACAGUAACCCUGCAUUAGAUAAUGAUUCUCAUUUAACGUUGGAUAAAAAAAUUGAUGGAGAUAUCAAAAAAUAUAAUGAAGAGAAACUGAUAGAUGUGCAAAAGAAAUGUACCGAAAAAAUCGAAAUGGAUGAUGCGGUAGGUUGGAAAUUUUGGAAAAAACGACGUUAUGUUGUUGGGAUCUUCGCAUUUUUCGGAUUUUUUACUUCGUAUGUUUUACGAGUUAAUUUGAGUAUCUCAAUCGUUGCAAUGACCAAAAGUUCAUCAGAGGUAUUUUAGAGUUGACUAAUUAAUAGAGAGAUACGGUAAGAUUAUUAUUUAAUGAUUUGGAUAAAUUAAUUAUAGAAUAAAUCAGAGUUUGAUUGGGAUUCAAAGCUCCAGGGGCUUGUUCUCAGUUCAUUUUUUUACGGAUACAUAAGUACGCAGUUAUUUGGCGGAUGGCUCAGUGCACGCAUUGGUGGUAAAAGAAUAUUUGGAACUGGAAUUGCUCUUACCGCACUCUUAACAUUGAUCACGCCGCCUUUAACGCGAGAUAGUGUUUAUGUUCUUGUUGCUAUACGGAUAAUCGAAGGAAUAUUUGAAGGUGUAACGUAUCCAUGUAUUCAUGCCAUAUGGGCAAACUGGGCUCCACCUUUGGAGAGGUCUAAACUCGCGACCCUCGCAUUCUCGGGCAGUUCUGUUGGCACAGUUUUUGCAAUGCCAGUAUGUGGAAUUAUAGUUGAAAAUCUGGGCUGGCCAUCAUCAUUCUAUAUUUUUGGAGCUUUCGGUUUAGUGUGGUUCAUUCUCUGGUCACUUAUUGUAUCCGAUAAACCAGAAGAUGAUCCGAAAAUAUCACAAUCUGAGCUUAAUUACAUUAAAAGAUCACUUGGUCACAAUGAUGAACAGAAGACAAUUUCGCAUCCAUGGAAAUCAAUACUGACUUCACCAGCAGUUUGGGCAAUUGUAGCAGCCCACUUCAGCGAAAACUGGGGCUUCUACACGAUGCUUACACAACUGCCAACAUUUAUGAGCGAUGUGCUGAACUUUAAGCUCGAAAAAACUGGAUUUUUCUCAGCCAUUCCUUAUCUAGCAAUGUCUAUUGUAAUACAAUGCUCUGGACAUCUAGCUGACUAUUUGCGAUCGAAAAAUAUUCUCAGUACUACUCAUGUUCGUAAAAUAUUUACGUGUGGUGCUUUUUUGAGUCAGACUAUAUUUAUGAUUCUUGCCGGAUUUACAACGACAUCGACGAGUGCUGUUACUUGUCUCGCUGUUGCUAUUGGUCUUGGUGGUUUCGCUUGGUCAGGAUUUGGCGUAAAUCAUUUGGACAUUGCUCCACAACAUGCGAGUGUUUUAAUGGGAAUAGGAAAUACAAUCGCAACUCUUUCUGGUAUCGUUAGUCCUUUGAUUACCGGUUACAUCGUUCAAAAUAAGACUGCCGCUGAAUGGAGAAUCGUAUUGAUAAUAGCAGGAACAAUUUAUUUAAUCGGUGCUAUAAUUUAUGGCCUUUUUGCCUCAGGUGAGCGACAACAUUGGGCUCGUGAGAAAAAUAACGACGAUUUGAAAGCAAACAGUAUCUCCGCUUUUUAA